AUGACUGACCCUAUUUUUUUCUGUUCUUUUAUUUUGUGGUGUGAACAUUUUGGGACAAGAGAAAUUAGGGACAGGGUGUUUGACGAUAAGGCAAAUACAGUGACAGUCACUGUAAUAUGCUGUUUCCCUGAGAAAAUUCGAGACAAAUUGUGUAGCAAAGGUGGCAAGUUCAUUAAGAGCAUUGAAAUCAAAGAGCCUCCAAUGCUGAAGCCCGAAGAGCCUGGGAAGCCUAAAGAGCCAGAGAAAACCGAAUCAAAAUGCAAAGGAAAUGCACCACCACUGGCUGCCUCUAAGCCCGAACCACUGACUAACCCCGCACACGGGCCGCCAGUAGGACUCCCGCCGGUUCAUCCAGUCAAUCCUUGCUGCGGGCCGUGCUACCAUGGCUAUGGCUUUCCGCCACAGCCGUGCUGCGACGGGAAUUAUGCAUGUGGACGUGGAUAUGUAUAUGGCAGGCCGCCUUGCUGUGUUGCUAGGAGGUGCGAUUACUUCAGUGAAGAAAACGCUACAGGCUGCACAAUUAUGUAA